CCUCUUUCUUUUUUUCUCCAAUCUGUCUCCUCCCGGUCUCUCUCUCUCUCUCUCGCCCUACACGCAGUAGUACCAAGUAGGUACAUCAUCCACCUUUUGCCGAUGGAUACAUUCGCACUACCAGCCUCUGUUUUUUUUUCUCUUCUUCUCAUACACACGUUUUCUAACCCUCUCCGGUCGGCUUCUCGGCCCAUUCCACUCGCAGCAACCUAUCCACCACCACCCGUUGAAACGAGCGACGGCACAAGCGAGCUGUGUCUGUGGCAACCUGAAAAAGAUGAAUCAAUCGAACCAGCCCAGCGAACGAAUCAACGAACGAAUGAAUCAACGAUCCCUUGA